AUGGCUUCGCAUAAUUUACCUUCACCACCGGCCGAGGACGGCAAGGCCGUCCUGUCGAGGAAGAACACGUCUGGGUCGACGUCGGGCCAGAAGACGACCAAGUCAGCGAACCGAACGGCCAAGCGAGCCAGCUCGAGCGCGGCGGCGGUGCACCACCACGAGCAGCUCAACGUGACCGCCGGCAUAGACAGCCGUCACAAGCGGGUGUGGAAAGCUUGCGAGCGGUGUCGGAUGAAGAAGACCAAGUGUGACGGCGAAUUCCCGUGUAAGCGGUGCAAGGACGAUGGCAUGAUCUGCACGGCCGGGAUCCGCAAGAAGGUGGAUUACAAGCAGCUACCGAAAGGGUACGCCGAGGUUCUCGAGAACACGCAGUUCGCCCUCAUCGCGACGGUGCACAAGCUCUACUCGAUGGUUCGCAACGCGCAGUCGUGGGAGCUGCCCGAGCCGGAACUCAACGAUCGGGGGUUGCCGGUGAUCCACAACAUCGCGCAGAAGCUCGGCUGCAUCCGUCCGAACAACGAGAUUGAGGUUCCGGUGCGGAUGUCGUUCCCCGAGACGGACGUGGACCUGCGGGAGCUGCAGAGGCAACUCUGGAGCCAGGUUCGGACGGAGAACCAAGCGGCCGGCGCCGGCAUGCACGGCCAGCAGAAGGAAGGGUGCGACUCUCACUCGGAGAUGGACCACUCGGACAGCGAGCAGGACUACACGCACACGCAGCCGCGGGCGAGCAUGCUCUCGCACGACUACCGACGGCAAGCCUUUGGCGGCGGCGCCAGCAGCAGCUUGACGCUCUCGCCCCAGAGCUUCACGGGCACGACGUCGACGAUGGACAUGGACCUGAGCCCGACGACGGAGCUCGACUCGCAGGGGCUGCCGGAAUUCCAGGCGUGGUCCAGCUUUGUGCCGCAGGGCAAGUCGCAGCCGCCGCCGCCGGGGGCCGACGUGAUGGCCUUUAUGCGCCACCACGGAUCCCUGCCGGUCGACGUGGCGAACCCGGCGUACGGCCUGAAGCAGGACUUUCUCGCGAGCUCGAACCCGGACGUGAUGAUGGGCAUGGGCGACCCGAUGAUCUACUCGGGCUUCGACGGCGACCUCCGCCUGUGA